AUGGCGCGCACUUCGUCGAAUGUCAUCCAAAGGUUGAGGGAACUGACCUCGGGGCUCGACUCUCUCGACACAGGACAGAACUCUGCGAACCAAGUCGGUGGUCAGCAGCGCCUUGCCUACUACUGCCGCAACACAAACGUCAACACUAUUCCUCUGGCAUUUCUCAAUGUGAUUAGGGACACUGAGAUGAAUUUUUCGAAUGCUGGAGACGAUUGUAGCAUCUUCCCUGGCACCAAACUGAUCAAAUGCACCCAGAUUGAGGAGGAUAUCAAGACCUGCCAGUCCCUCGGAAAGUCCAUUCUUCUUUCCAUUGGCGGCGCUACUUACUCUGAGGGCGGCUUCAGCUCCCCGGCCGAGGCAAUCAGCUGGGCCGACCGCCUUUGGGCCAUGUUUGGCCCAGUCUCCAAUUCAGACAAGCGCCCCUUUGGCACUGCUGUUAUCGACGGUUUCGAUUUCGAUUUCGAAGCCGUCGCCCAGAACAUGGUCCCCUUUGCCACUCGUCUGCGCUCACUCAUGGACUCCGCCGCUGCCACUUCCGGCAAGAAAUUCCUCUUGAGCUCAGCACCACAAUGCCCUUUCCCAGAUCGCGCUAACAACGACCUUCUGCAAUCUGUGGCAUUCGAUUUUGUCUCUGUCCAGUUCUAUAACAACUACUGUGGUGUACACACCUUCCAAUUUGGCUCCCCUAGUCAGAACAACUUCAACUUUGGCACUUGGGACAACUGGGCUAAGACCGUCAGCAAAAACAAAGAUGUGAAGAUCCUCCUGGGAGUCCCGGGCAGCUCGUCAGCUGCAGGCACCGGGUACAUUGCUGGAAGCCAGCUGGCCAACGUAAUCAAGUACGCCCAAACAUUCUCAAGCUUUGGCGGCGUCAUGAUGUGGGACAUGAGCCAAGUCUGGGCCAACGCCGGCUUCCUCGACAGCGUUGCCUCGGCCCUUGGCUCAACCGGCGGAAGCGGUGUCGGUAUAACCCCGACGAUUGAAACUACCUCAUUGCCUGGUUCCACCACGACUUCUUCCACGCCCGUAGUGCAAACUGCCACUACCUGGGUUACGGUUACGAUCUGGGCUACAGCCACGGUCAACGGCCCCGCGGCGACUGCUAAGAGCACGUCGACUACGACACUGUGGGCUGAAAGUACGACAGCUAUUUCUGCGCCUACUCCGGCUGCUGGGCUGGUCAACCAGUGGGGACAGUGCGGCGGAAAUGGCUAUAAGGGCCUGACCUCCUGCCGGGCUCCGUAUAGCUGUGUCAAGCUCAGUGACUGGUGGUCACACUGCAAUUGAGCGUGGAGCACUCAUUCAUUUCAUCUUUGCUACCCAGAAAAAUGAGUAGUGGAUGGCAGUCGACACUCUGUGGGUUUUGGGCACGAAUUUCCGGUCAUUCUUGAUCGAUAUCGACUGAUGUGGACUGCGCAUUUCCCAUUGCACAUAUCCGGCGUUCUCGUACUCUCUUUGUUUGUAUUUCUGUACAUAUACAAAUACUUUCCUGUUUCUCACCUCUUCGAGCACUCAUGGCACGACUUGAGACGUUAUCGUUCUAUUGAGGACGAUCGAGGGACCUGGGAGGUCAAUAAGUCUUCUCUUAUAUUCUGGUUUUUCUUUGGCCUUACUUGCACAUAAUGCUAGUGGCAUUAUGUCGCAUUCUUCACUCUGGGUUCCCGGUAAAGCUUUAGCUACCAGAUAAAGAUUAGGUAAGUUCGGGAUGUGGGAGAGCGGACCAUGUCACAAUAAGAGCUUAUUAUGAUAUGUUGAUCCAUUUCCUAACGUCCAUUCAACCUAGGCUAUAGGUUUCAUUUUGGUAGUUCUCCCAGCCACAACCCCUUGAUGUUCCUUCGUGGGACGGAGUCAUAGCAGUCCGUGGGCUUUCGGAUUUCUUGUUUUGGGUACCGGGCCGCAAAUGAAUCAACAUAGUAGAUAGCGAGCUAUCACAGGCCGUACUGGGACAAGGUGUUUCUCAAAACAUACCCGCGAACGGUCUUUUG